AAUUCUUUAGUUUCUUCACGGACGUUCUUAUUUAUUUUCUUUGAUUCCUCUUUACCACCAAGGCGAUAAUCAUGGCGACAGAAAUGGUGAAGACGGAGGAAAAUUACGAUCAUUUAAAAGAAGUGAAGCGAUUUGAUGAUUCAAAAACAGGGGUAAAAGGUCUGGUUGACUCGGGUCUUUCUACCAUCCCUCGCUUCUUCAUCCACCCGCCUCAUGUCCUAUCCGGACUUAAACCUAACCCGACCGCAAUCCGACCCCAGUCCAAUCCCAUACCCACCGUUGACCUCUCCAACAUCGAUUCCCCCACCACCCAAUCAACCGUCGUGGAUCAGCUGAAGCGCGCAUGUGGCGAGUUCGGGUUCUUCCAAAUUGUGAACCACGGAGUACCCGUUGAUCUCCUCGACCGUAUGAUCGCCGCCGUGAAAGAUUUUCACGAGCAGCCAACGGAGGCAAAAGAGUCUUUCUACAGUCGAAGUGGAAAGGCAGUGCAGUUCUUCUCUAAUGUGGACUUGUUUCACUCUAAAGCCGCCAGCUGGAGGGACACUCUUCAGAUGAGACUUGGACCAGAGUUGCCAAACCUAGAAGAAGUUCCUGAAAUGAUUAGAAGGGCGAUCGUGGAGUGGAACCAGGAGAUCAAACGGCUGGGUGAAGUCCUGAUGGAGUUGCUGUGUGAAGGUCUGGGAGUAAAUCCAGGGAGGUUGAAAGAAAUGACGUUUCUGGACGGAAGGGUGAUGGUCGGACAUUACUAUCCUUACUGUCCACAGCCUGAUCUGACGGUGGGGAUUACAUCACACACUGAUCCAGGAGUUUUAACGGUGCUGCUUCAGAGCCAGGUUGGCGGCUUGCAGAUCAAGCAUGACGGAGAAUGGCUGGAUGUCAAGCCCAUUCCCGGUGCCCUGGUCAUCAACGUUGGUGACAUAUUUCAGAUCAUGUCAAAUGAAGAGUAUAAAAGUGUGGAGCACAGAGUCUUGGCUAAUUCCCUGGAUGAACCACGAGUAUCAAUCGCGGUCUUCUUCAACCCAACUGCCAGAGAAAACUUAUAUGGACCGUUUCCAGAGUUGAUAUCGCCUGAGAAGCCCGCCAUUUAUAGGCAAUUCCAGUACAUUGAUUACUUAACGAGGUUCUUCACCAAGGAGUUGGAUGGAAAAUCUUUGACAAACUUCUAUAAGCUCUAAAAUAUAAUACCUUAAUGCUGCACAACAUGUUUAUGUAUGAAGGUAGGAAUAUAUGUAAGAAUAUGAAGGGGAAAAAAAAACAUAUAUGCAGCACAGAAAUGUGAAUUCAAUAAAUUAUUGGAUGAAAUGAAUGAAUUUCUACAGAAAA